CAGGCUGUCUAUUCAGGAAGGGUAACAUGGGUCGGCGGCUCCAUCUCUUCCCAACCUUUUGAUUCUUGAAUUUUGCUCCGCUCCCUCUACAUAUUCGCCAAGUAGAAGUUUGAGCAGUAGCUGUGGGGAUAAAAAGAAGAAGAAAGGGAAGCCAAGGCUAGUUUUCACAAGUAAACAAUCAUCCGCCGGCAGCAGCAGCAGCAUCAUACUGAGGAGAGGACGACGAACGUGUUGGAGAACUUGUUUCCCCUGUCCCAACAGAUCAUAUCAUCAGCACCGGAUCAAGAGGACUGUGCGUGCGUGGGGGCAUACAUGGCUCCUGCAUCUUCCGAGGAGGAGGAGGAGCAGCAGGGAAAGGAGGAGGCAGACACGGUCGCGCCUGCUGCUCCCGAGCGACAGCACGAUGUAGAUUCCACUGUGGACGAGAGCAGGGAAUGGAAGAGGGAGCUGAUCGAGGAAGCUAUAGGUUCUCUAGGGGCCGGCCGCGCGAGGUGCUCUGAGAUGAUGGAAGCUGCUCGUCCGGGCCGCGGCACGGGCGACCUUAUUAAGCUUCGCUGCGUGGACUUCCUAGAGAAGGAGCUCAGAUACAUCGUCGCGGAUUUGACGGCACUGAGCCCGCAGCAUGUCGACGAGGAGAUGACGGAAUGGCUGCAAUCUUUAACUGGCAUUGCGUCGGAUCGUCUCUCCCGUGUCAUCGACCAAACUGAUCUCCAACGUGACAACACCCUGCUGCGAAGAGCCUCGCGGUUCUUCCGCUGCAUUAGCCAUCGAUAUCCAUAUGAGCUGCUGGCGGAUGCAGCGAUAUUAUUUUAUCGCCUGGCUGAAGAUCCCCGCAGGUAUAGGCAUCUUCUUCAAGCUACCUCUCGCCAUGGGCUGCCACCGCAAGCGGCCGAGGAGGGAGGUGGCCUCCUCCCUAUGGGCACAACUUAUGACUUUCCAUAUGAGAUCGACCUACCAGAUUUGUCCAUGAUCAUGUUUCCUUAUGGGCACAAGUUUGAGACGGAUCGACUUGUCAAUAAAUUGUGUUACGAAGCAGGUUUCCGUCUACCUGAGGAGGAUCGACUUGUCAAUAACUGGUGGGAUAAAGGCAGUUUCCAUCUACCUGAUGACACCUUUAGCCGUCUAGUCAGUCGGAAUGUGAUCACCCAUGCAGCACCAAAUUCCAGACGACGCACUAAUCGGCUGGAUGAAGCCGAGACCUGGCAGUGGAAUGUCAAUCCCAUUCAGUACCAGUUCCUUGCCUCCAAAUCAGCAGAGAUGGGUUUUGUCUUCACCAGCGCCACGCUCAACUUAUUGUUAGCGGCAGGAUCAUCAACAGGCCACGGCAACGAAGCUGGUCAGAUGGCACGGAGGCUUGCCCUCCACCAGGAUGAUCCAAACAUCCCAUCUCUGCUUCAAGAAAUUGAUCUGUCCCAGACACGUUCGCUAGCAGUGUCUGGUGUAGUCAGCAUUGGAGUCUCCUUGGACAAGUUUGUUAAUCUGGUGGUGUUGGAUGUCGAAGGUUGGGAGAAUUUUGGAGACGAGGAUCUGCUGCGGAUAUGCAGAAGCAAAAUGUUUUUUCUGGAGUAUCUGAGCAUUAGGAACACUCGAGUCAGCAAGCUCCCGCCAGAGAUCAACGAGCUGUGUAGACUGAUGGUAUUGGACGCAAGUAAAACACAGGUAACUGAGAUCCCGUUUGGGGUGUUCGUGGGAACAAGAUUGCACAGACUGGACCUAAGAGGCACUCCGAUAAGGCAGCUGACACUGCCCAAGCAAAUUCUGGGGCUGCAGAACAGUUUGUAUGAGCUUCUCCUUGGCGGUGAAGGAAUGACUAAUUCCGCUGAAACAGCAACAAGACUGCCACAUGACAUACGGCGUUUCUCUUCGCUAACUAUACUAGCCACUGUUGAUUUAAGCGAACAGCCUGCAAGCUUCGUCAAGGCUCUCGGUGAUCAUCUAGACUGUCUGGAGGUGCUUGCAAUAACAUGGUCCUUUCACCAGUCCUCCGACGGAGACUACUGUGAAGCAUUACUAUCAUCCAUCAAAAGGUGGAGCCGGCUGGAGUCUCUGACCAUUCACUGUGGACUCGGCUGCUCCAUGGAGUUCCUGGGCUCCCUUUCUGAUAUGCCUGAGCUCCUUAAAUUCAAGGUGACACUGGGAAGAUUCGCAGGGGUUCCCCAGUGGUUCCAUGGGCUCUGGUAUAUAUCUUUCGUGCAAAUUAUUGUCUGCAAACAAGGGGCUCGUGAUCUGGAGAUACUCAGAGACUUACCUAUACUGAAAUGCCUAAUACUAGGCUUGGACUUCAUUCCCAUAGAAGCUAUAGUGAUUAAAAAUGGAGGGUUCCGUGAGCUCCAGAGGUUCUCCAUCGACUGCCCAGUGCCAUGGCUCACCUUUGAAUCAAGAGCGAUGCCGAAGCUCACAUAUCUUCAACUGGAGUUCCAUGCUUGCCCAACGAGCCCAAUUAGUGUUCCUUCGGGUAUCAAAAACUUAAGCAGCCUUACAGAGGUUGCCUUGUGGUAUAAUGUGAGGUAUGCCAACAGCUCCAGUGUCAAGAUGACCGUGGAGGCGGUGAGAGAAGAAGUUGCUAACCGUCGCAACAUGACCCAGAUGAUGAGCCUUUUCAUCAAUGGCAUUGAACAAGAUGAUGCUCAGGAAGUUGAUAAGGAGACAGAGAGUACAACCGGAGCUCCAAGCGGACCCGAUGCUGGAGCUGAAGGUGAAGCAGUUGUCGAGAAGACUACAGCAGUGGUUGAUACUGAGAUUACUGAAGCAGAAAGUUGAGCCAAAGCGACUGCAGCACUGGUUGAUAUUGAGAUCACAAGACAAGGUAAUAUAUAACCACUACUCUGCUUGAAACUCGCCUACAGUUAACAGCAGUUUCUUGACAGUAUUCAUACAUCCUCAUUGCUCCAGGAAUGAUCAUCUCCUCUCUAGAGCAGCAUCCUGUGUGUUGCAGUUGGUUGCUAUAUUACAACUCUGAUCCUCCCAUUCUUCUAUGACUGUCACCUAGUUAUCUUUUGGUUCCUCCGUGUAACUAUAGCAUUUGCACUGUUGUUUGCAGUUUCAUUUACAUUGGUGUUUGUUAAAAGUUCCCGUAUGGGAAUAAAGAAUGUCUUCCAAUUCCUAUGGAAGUCGUGCUGUUCCACGCAGGAAAAAUGCAAAUGCAGUAUUGCUUGUGUUUAGGUGUUCUUUCACUGUAUCUUGUGGAUUUGCAUGUAAGACUUCAUCAUGAUGCGAUAAUGCAAGAAUUUGAGUUAUAUUUUUA